AUGUUCCGCCGACUCAACACCGACCUGCCACAGGACCCGCGCCCUGCUGCCGCCAACUCUGCCACCGCUGCUACUAACGUCACUCUCGCGUCUCUCGAUUUCGUGAUGAAUGAGAACCGCCAUUUCGUAAAGGCUAAUACCGCCACAGGCAACGGACCAGAAGAAUACUUCAACUUCUUCCACACCGACAACGAGCGUAGCAACGAGGUCCGUGGCGAGGCCAUGCACGCUCAAAUCAAGAAGUCGAUGCUCUCGGAGCUGAAGAAGCUGGGCAUUACAGAAGUAUUCAUUCACGAGGGCGCUUGUCAAGCCACCAAGCCCUCAGGCCCGCACGCCACCAUUUUGGCUAGCGAGCCACGGGUGUUGAAGACGCUGAAGGACGUGAUUGUGAUCGUCAACGAGCACAAGCAGGAUCUUGGGGUCCUUGCUUACCGCGCUCUCGCGAGGGAAGGCGGGCUCGACGUCGGCAGCGUAUUUGGGUUGGCCAGCAAGCUGAGUGCGGUUACGACCAAUCUCGGCACUGGCCCCACUGCGGGUGAUGUACAUGCUCUCGCGAGCGACGUGCAGAAGUUGAGCUUGCGCGACACCAGCAAGAUUGACGAUGGGUUCGGUUUGCUAAUUAUGAACCCCGGCGAGCUGCUCUACAGUCACGCGCUCAACAAGACCAUGUCGCAGGCUGCAUGGCUCGCACGUAAGAGGCCCUCUGCUCUCUCUCCUCCAUUCGAGAUCAGCGACGUCAACCGCGUGCCAGGUCACGAAACGCCACAAGCACAUAUCCACGCCAUUUUCGAGCAGGUCAUUCCAACGCUCUUAGCUGAGAACGCCAGAAUCUACGUCAUUGGGCUGUCCGAUGGCGGCGAGAGCGUGCUGAAGUACAUGAACGACACACUCCGCAACGACGAACACGCCCAUGUCGCCAGCAUGAUCGAGGCUGUCGCCUUGACUGAGCCGACCCACGACCUCGCGACGCUAUCUUACAAACCUCUUGCGGCCUUCCUCGCUGCGUGCGGCGCAAAGAGCUACGUCCUCUCUACCAAACCUAAAGGCGAGCUCCUGAAGAUGCCGCCGGUGUCUGUCGCAAGCGCAGAGAGUUCGUCACCACUGGGGUCUGCAAAGUUGUGCUCCGCAAGCAUUCUAUCGUCUGCUGAGCUCGAUCUUGCCCGUCGCAAGUCACUCCCCACUGAGCAAGAGGAUGACACCACCACCAGCCAAGACAGUCCCAGCUCCAUAACGACCACGUCGCCGCCAGUCGAUAUCCCGAGCAUCCACGAACGCGAGAGCCAGCAGUUCGGUGCUUCUACCAGUGCCGCCAGCCGCCGUAGCCUGAUGGACAAGAUUGCCACUAACACUAGCAACUACUUCUUCCCAGCCAGGAAGGGCGUGUCACCUGAGCAGAGCGUUACGGGCGAUGUGGACACGGGCUAUGUGUACAGCGCUCGCGAGGAGUAUCUUGAGGAGCAAGAGCUGAUGAUGCAGACUUCCUACCCAGACCUGAAGGCAUUGAUACGCAAGCAGGCGAUGGAGACCGGCAAGGAGGGUGGAUCCGGGAGGGCGAGCUCGAACGAGAGCGUAGCAGGGUCGACGGCCAGUCAGAUGGAUUCGAACGAGAGUCAGGCGGGUUCGAGUGCUGCAGGUUCGACGGCUAGCAGGCUGGGUUCGACUGCUAGUCCGACAGGUCCGCUGGUACGCCAGGCAGAUCCGACGGCGGUCAAGGCAGAUUCGGCGUUGAUUAAGGAGGAUUCGGAGGAGUUUGGAGAUUACGAAUACAGCAAGGAUCCAGUCAGCUGUCCUACCUUCAGCUCUGGCGUCUCGGACUUGGCUGAGAUGAUCUUCCCGAACGUGAUGGAGGAUAUUCUGGGAUGGUUCAAGGACGUGAAGCGUUUGGCUGAGGAGAGUGAUGGUGCUGGUGCUCACUAG